CAAAAGCACAUACAAUACUCAACUCAAUCGAACAAGCAAAUUACUUUACCUGAAACCAUCAUGGCUUCCCGAAUUCCCAUGUCCAACUUUGUCAUCGAGUCUGCCGUCAUCGAGGCUCCCUUCAGUGACGUCUGGCACCUCAUCAAGCUCCAGGACUUUGCCAAGUUCUACUCUGCCCUUGAGAAGAGCGAAUGGGUCAAGGGCACAUCUCCUGACACGGAUAUCGUCCGAUGGACUUUCAAGGAUGGCACCGUGCUUGAGGUCAAGCAGGAGGAGCACUCUACCAUCGAGCACUACAUCACGUACAGCAUCAUCUCAUCUCAGCCUGCCCUCACCUAUACAUCUGCUGUGAGCACCGUCAGACUCUAUCCCGUCACGUCAGGCGAGCACGCAGGCCAGACAUUCGUCACUUGGACCGGUAACUUUUCGAGCGAUGCCGAUGCUGAUGCCAUCGAGGAUGCCAAGUUCAAGCGCCGUGAGGCUCUUACCGACCUCGCAAAGGCUGUGGCCAAGAAGUAAACGUGGAGGAAGAAAAGGAUAGGCACAAGACGACAUUGGUGCGAGUUAUGAAUGAGUAUUUGCAACGGCGUCGUUGAAGACUGAAUAGUCUCACUUAAAAAGAAUGAAAUUAUUGUGCAUCGAGAA